AUGGACCAAACCAAGAUAAUGUUGUGGUAUUGUCGUGGAGCUGCCAAUAAAGCUUUCUUUAGAUACUGCAAGCAGUAUGUAGAUGCUAAUAAACCUACAAUGGUUGUGGUAAUGGAAACGAGAUGUAAUCCAACAAAUCUAGUCAAAGCCUUCAAUAAUAUGGGCUUUGAUAAACAUUUAGUGGAGGAAAACAAUGGUUAUGUCGGUGGUAUAGUUUUAGCAUGGGAAAUUAGUUUUAUGACGGUAGAGCUGCUAAGUAGAAACUCUCAGUACAUUCAUACUAGUAUUAGUUAUCCGAAAGGGAGGCCUUGGCUUUUUACAGCAAUAUAUGCCAGCCUGAGUGAGGAUUGCAGGAAAACCAUGUGGGAAGAAUUAAAAUUUAUUGCAAGUAACAAUCAUCAACCAUGGCUUGUUGAGGGAGAAUUCAACGACAUAGCAAGCAUUAAGGACAAAAAAGGUGGAGCACCAGUUUCUCUCAGACGUAUUAAGCUCUUUACGGAUCGUGUUAAUGCUUGUAAUCUCAUGGAUAUGGGAUCGCAUGGGCCAAAAUACACGUGGAAGGGGCCUAUUUUCCAUUGUGGUCAACAGAUAUACGAGAAGCUGGAUAGAGGCUUUUGUAGCGACAAUUGGAGGCUGGAAUUCCCGGAUGCAAGCGUUAAAGUUUUGGACGAUAAAGCAUUUGAGGUCUGUUUGAAGGAAACUAUAGAAAAUCUAAAAGAAUGGAAAGAACACUCUUUUAAAAAUGUUAAGAUUCAAAACAAGGAAAUUACUGCUAGAGUGAAAGGAAUACAGUGUAGAUUACUUUGUAGAAAUAAUGAUAAGGCGUUAAGAAAGAUGGAGGAUAAGCUACAAAAGGAGCUCAGUGAUAUUUUAGAAAAGGAUGAGUCGACGUGGUUUCAACGUUCUAGAUCGAAGUGGUUAGCAGACGAGGAUAGAAACACUAAAUAUUAUCAUAUGAAAACUGUUACAAGGAGGAGAAGGAAUAAGGAGUGGAUGCCCACUGCGAUAAAUUUUCUAGAAUUGACAGUUGAGGAUUAUCAAGGUCUGAUUAAGGAUGUGGAUAAUGAAGAUAGUGUCUCUGUUCCAAACCAGACUCGUCCCUGGGUGUAA